AGCUCCGUCCCACCUCGGAAAUACCAACCAGGUGCUGCAGCUUUUUUGCCCCUCUCCUUCCACUCAUCUCUGUGGGAUCCUCGCUCAGAACACCAUCGCCCUCAGCGCUGCACUGUGGCGUGGAAAAAAAACACAUAAAUAAACGUGUGUAAUCCAGCAGCAAUGCCCGUUCACUGAGUGAAAACCUUCUGUUGUUUCCAUUUGAGCGGCUCGACUAGCAUGGAUCCCUCUCGACCGACUGGACAAUAGACAGGCAGGCUGCCCGCUGCAGCUUUCUCGGUGUUGAUCCCUGCACCACUCUCCGCGUUUCCAGAUGGCCGGACACGAGUGGGAAGACUGGUUCGAGCGGGAGGAAUUUAUAGGACAGAUCAGCGACAUCCGAGUGCAGAACCUGCAAGUUGAAAGAGAAAUGGUGCAGAAGAGGACCUUCACCCGCUGGAUGAACCUCCAUUUAGAAAAGUGUGACCCACCAAUGGAAGUCCAUGACCUUUUUCAGGACAUCCAGGAUGGGCACAUCCUCAUGGCCCUGCUGGAGGAACUCUCUGGCUGCAAACUGCUCCAUGGGUUCAAGAAGUCCUCCCAUCGUAUUUUCAGACUUAACAACAUCGCCAAGGUCCUCUCUUUCUUGGAGGAGAGAAACGUAAAGUUGGUCAGUAUCGAUGCAGUUGAUGUUGCAGAUGGAAACUCUUCCAUUAUACUGGGACUUAUCUGGAACAUCAUCUUGUUUUUCCAGAUUAAGGAACUGACUGGGAACAUCAGGAGCCAGUUCCCCUCCACCUCCAGCUUGUCGUCCAUCCCCACCAGCUCCGACUCCGACGUGUCUUACUGCAGCACGCCUUCAGAUGAAAGACAGUCAGCAUCCACGGCCAUGCAAGAACAAGGCAAGGCCAUCAAAAAGUUGCUGCAGUGGGUACAGAAGCGAACACGCAAAUAUGGUGUGGCAGUGCAGGACUUUGGGAAGAGCUGGACAAGUGGUCUUGCCUUCCUAGCUGUCAUUAAGUCCAUUGACCCUAGCCUGGUAGACAUGAGGAAGGCCCUGCUUCGGAGUGCCAGAGAGAAUCUAGAGGAUGCAUUCAGGAUAGCCCACUACAGCCUGGGUAUACCACGCCUUCUGGAACCUGAGGAUGUGACUAUUAAUGCACCAGAUGAGCAAUCCAUCAUGAUGUAUGUGUCACAGUUCCUGGAGCACUUCCCUGGUAUACAGGAGCCAGAGGAGCCCUGCAAGCUGAUUGAACGAAGCAUCUCUAUGGGCCGACUCAACUUACAUGAGAGUGAUUUUGAUUACAUAAGGAAUGGUGUUCACCGAAGCAGAGUGAAGGAGCGGUCCUACAUGUUCCAGAGGGACUGUGCUAAACUCCCACCCAAAAUCCUAAUUUCCUCAAUAUCAGAAGACAGAAGCAUCAUGUCACCACCCUUCAGGGUGGCUGCAUCUCGCUCAUGGUCCAGUGAAGACUUUUUAGCAGAUUCUCCCCACAUGGACUCCAGUAGUGUGCAUGAAAACCCUAAUAAACCUUCCAGCAAGGCCUUACCCAACUUGAUCUCUGAUUCCCCACAUCUGUCUGAUACUCACUCGCUAACUGGCUCAUCAGUGACUGAGUCUGUAAACACUGACUCAUUACUUGGUGACUCUGCAAUUAGCUCACCAGACUCCUGGAUACAAAGCGAUACUGGUUUAAUGCACGAUAGGUAUUGUGAGAGUCGAAGUGAUAGUUCUUUGGGUGACAGUGGGGCUGGCUGGGAUAUAUACCAUGCCACUCCUGUGGAGGUGACUACUUUUGAUGAAGGAUGCAUUCCAUUAAUAGAGGACAGAACCCCUGAGGAGCAGUCAAUGACUGAGUCAUCCAUUGAUGAAGGGAUUUACUCACUAAGCUCACUGGAGAGCACACAGGGCAAACUCAAAGAGAGUUCUGAGAAAAAGAUAGCAGAAGUAGUAAAGGAGGAAGAGACCAUCCACAAUCAGAACCUGGCAGUUGACCAGGUACCUGAUCAGAGUGAAACCGAGAUUAUAAAAGAAGUAGACUUUGAACUGACAGAUACAACUGUGCUUCAAAAAGAAAAUGUACCGCCCAGCUCUGUUGCUGAUGCUCUGAAGCAGAAUAGUGUGGAAGAGAGUAAUAAUAAGAGCAAUGAUACGGAUCUUGAAUGUUUAAAGCAGUCUGUGGACUUCAUCGGGGCUGCAAUGGACAAUGAUAAUCAAAUUAAUGGUCAAACACAAAGUCUGACAACGAGAAAUAACUUUGAGGAGGUUGAAGAAGAAACUGAUUGGCAGAAAACAGAUUCUAGUUUACAAAACAAAAGAGAAGAUUUGAGAAAUGAGUUAUUAAAGGAAAAUAAUGAAGGGGCUGUAGAAACACAAGGUGAGGAAAGUGACAGGCUUUUAAGUGACGAUCCCGAUUCUCAAGAAAGCAAAGGCUUAGAAAACGAACAUUCAAUCAACCAAGAGAGAUCAUCAAAAAUUACUCUGGACCCAAUCAUUGGUAUGAAUAUUCCCUUGAUUUCAAUUUCCAGUGUGCCAGAAGAGCAGGAUGAAGAGGGAAUAUGUGGCCCAGAAGAACACGGUCCUGCUGAGUACCAAGAUCCAGACCUGCAAAGAGUGCUUGGAAGUCAGCAAGCUAGCACAGAUGUCAACAGGUCUCAAACUUCAGAUGAAUCCAGCUCUGUCUACAGCGAAGAUGACAACAUUUCUGUUGAAAUUCCUUCCUGUCUUGUAUUAGAAAAUGUUAAGCCAACAACAGCAGAAGAAAUGCGAGACUUGAAAAAUGAGCACAACAUCAGCCAAUCAACAAAUGCAGACACAUGUGGGCCAGGGCCAAGAUGUAACAUGGAGAUAAAUCAGGCCAAACAGGAAUGUCAUGAUGACUCACAGGCAGAAAAGGAUUUGAUUGCUCAGUCACCUUGUACAAAUACUGAAACCGAACUUGUGAUGACUGAGGAGGUCUUGGAUUCAACUCAUCCAUUUGAUGGACACCAGGACACACGGAUGGACACCUCUUCUGAAAAUGAGAAAACAAAUGCACAUUAUAACACACCAGAUCCAAGUGACGAUAAGUUAGUUGGUAAUGGGAUUCCAAAUAAUGAACCAGCUAGUGUGUCCACAAACAUGAAUGUGUUUUACGCAGACUUUGGUCGACAUUCUUGUACAGAAGAUCUCAUUGGUGACCUUAUUGAACCCAUGGAUCUGUUCUACCCUGACAAAGAGGAGCCCAUGUUUACAGACCCACCUGACACUGAAAUGCAGCGCUGGCCUUCUGUUUUGAGUGUGUCUGCUCUCCUGCCAGCGCCACCCUCAGAGACUAUGCCAGAUGACCAACAACUCAACAUGCCUGCUGCUGACUUCAGCAAUAAAGCCGAUAUGCUUCCAGAGCGGGAUAAGUUAAUUGUGGUUAGUAAGACCAACCAAGACACUGACAACACAUCUGAAUCCCAGAAGCAAUGCUUUUUGCCUGAAGGACCCUUGAGUGGUGAUGUUUUAACAAACAACAGUGAUCUCUGUGAGACAGAGCAGCAGAACGCAGUCACUGCAAGAGAAAAUAAUGAGUCUUUGUGUAUUGCCACAAGAAGUUACAACAGACAAGAUAAAAACCAGAUCCCUCCAGUUCUCCGUCACAGAAAGGGGGCUCAUCUCACUGAAUCCAUGGACAAUCAGAGAGCUGCCUUCAGAAAAGCUGACAAUGAUGACUCUGAUUUUGGAUGGAAUGAGAGCUGGGAACUGUACCUGCUGCUGCUGCUGUGGCUGCUGCUCUACUGUUUCUGGUUGCUGCCACAGAUGGACUUAAAAACACUGCCUAGCCUACUUCUGAACCUCGAUCGCUGAACACACAAACAUGCACACACACAUUUACAGGUAAAAAGUGAAUGUUGUCAGGUACAAAUAUCUACAUUUUAGUUAAAUGUACACACAGGCACACAUACCUAGAGUUCAACUGCCACUCCUUUCUCCUUUUUAUUACACUUAAUGCGUUUAAGAUUAAGUUUUAAAACAUUUAAAACUAAACAUUAAUUUCACUAGUUUCACUGUUUUUGCAUUUAGCUUUCAGUGUGGCUUGAAGUAAGCCUUGUCUUGAAAAUAAAUUCGCAUUGUGACAAUAUGGACAGGGAUUAUACCUAUUCAAAGAAAAAAAGUCAAAACAAACAAAAAAAAAAUUCAUUUAACAUCAUUACAUUAUGGAUUUAAUAAAAAGUUGUAGUAUUUUAGGAAAUGCUGUGCAAAGCUAACCAAGCUGAUCUUGUAAGAAUAUAAUAUGACUGUAGAGCAUGCUCCACUAUGUAGAUAAAGUAAAUCAUACUGUACUAUGGGCACAGUGUAUGGAUGCACAGUGAAUAGAAGGCUAAGAAUAGCUAUUAGUUAAGAGUUAAUGGAAACUUGUCGAGUCAGAAUGAAGGGGAAUUUUUAGUAGUUGCACUUUUGAAAGUGAAAACAAACUGCCAAAGAUAGUGUUGAAUGUGCAAAUACAGAAAGUACACAACUCACCAACAGUCAGAUAAUGGAAAGCUUGUUUUUAACACUUAAAAUGCCCAGUACAACUCGAGUACUAAAGCAUCACCACAGCGCUAUACAUAUAAUAUUUGAGGCAGAAUGUGUAUUUGUAAUAUUUUAUGGUUCAUAAGAUGUAUGAAUGGAUUUUUAAAAAGUUUUAUGAUAAAGAAAUAUUUUAUGUGGUUGAGCUAUGCUUGAGCUUGUCCAAGCCAGUCAAUGGGGAAAAAAGCUUCACACUGAAAUAUAUUUCUACAUGUUACUUUUGAAUAAUGCCUGUAUUGAAGCACUAUGACAUGUCCUACUAAGCUUUCUCCAUUUGAGCAUUGUUGUCGUCAGCACAAACCUGCUUCCACCAGCCAACCGGAUGAAGUCUAUGUUUACUCUACGUAUAAAUACAGGUCCUUUGGCCACGAAAGAAGCCAUAUUUCCAAUCCAGUACAAACUGUGUCAACUCUUUAACAUGGAACAUCAUAAUCACAUCAUCAGAGUAUGUGUGGUUGCAUUUUCAUAGAUUUCAUCUUGUGAGAACUAUGACUUUGUCCCAAUUCUGCCCUAUUUACUAACUGCAUACGGUAUGGUAUUUACUACACAGUGUCUAAUGUUGGCCUUCUCUUAGUCAGCUUCAUGAGGUAGUCACUUGGAAUGGUUUUCCAGCAGUCUUGAAGGAGCUUCCACAGGUCUUGAGCACUUGUUGGCUGCUUUGCCUUCACUCCAUGGCUCAUCCCAAAAAAUCUCAACUGAGAACUGGCAAUCUGAAGAAAUAAAUAACUGCACAGCUGCUAAUUGAAAAUAAACUGCAGAUGACUACUUUGUGAAGCUGAUUGAAAAAAAUAAAUAAAUAAAUACCAAGAGUGCAAAGCUGUCAAGAAAGCAGAAGGUUGAAAACUUUGAAGAGCCCAAAUUGAAAACAUAUUCUGGUUCAACACUUUUUGCCUACUGAUACACAAUUCCAUACGUGUUUCCUCAUAGAUUUGAUUCUAAACUUUUGACUGGUGCUGUAUAUGCUAUGACUAGUAGAUUGUGAUUGAUGUAUUUAUGUACAUGUGUAAUUUAUCUUUCACCUAUUUUCAUAGAUGGACACAAAAUUAAGAAAGAUUAAAACCUUCACCUGCUUAACACAGUAUCAGCAGCUGUGGCAUAAACUUAAAAUAUCCAGGUAAAGUGCUACCACUUCUACUUAUAUGAAUUGACAAUACAUAAUCGUGUCACAUUUGUGAACACAGCCAUACCCCAAAUCUGCUAGUAUUUAGUAUGAAAUGGGACACAGUUUUAGAAAAUAAAUAUUUUCCAAUCCUUACGUCAACCAAGGGCUAGUCCAGCUUUAGAAUUAGCAUGAAUGGAUGUUCAGAUGGUCAGUAAUGCCAUAAGAAUUAUGGUAAGAGGUUUAUUUUUUUGAUCCAUCCUUAAUGCAAACAUUCUGCUCACAUUAUGAUCUUUAAACAUGUUGCGUCCAUGAUUAUGCUAGCAAAUAAUAGAAUAUACCUCAGUUAUUCCUCCAACUCUAACUUUAGUGCUUCAGUUUUUAAUGUUAAUAACAAAAGUUAAUUUUGUCAGUUAUUAUUUAUUUAUUUUUUUUCUGUUUAAAA